GCUCCACCUCCCGCCACGUAUUCCUUCCCCCACCUCGUUAUAAUGCCACCGUUGCCCUCUCUUCAGUUCGGCAACCCUCUUCCAUUUUCUCACUUGAAAUUUCAUUGCCAUUUUUCACUAAACACUAUUAUCAGACCGAGGGCCGUUCAUCAUGUCGAAUGAUCAAAACAAGCCGAUGACUCAGAAGCUCUAUGAGUCAGCUCCAUCUUCCUGCCAGGCGGCCAAGUUUUUGACUGCAACCACACUGGGUGCAACGCUGCUAUUCUUGUCAGGGUUAAUGACCGGGACAGUGAUGGCCCUGAUAAUGGCCACCCCGCUCAUGGUCAUUUUCAGCCCAAUUCUCGUCCCGGCUGGGAUAGUCAUUUUCUUGGUGAUUACCGGGUUCUUGUUUUCCGGUGGGUGUGGGGUGGCGGGGAUCACGGCGUUAUCGUGGAUAUAUAAUUACGUGCAAGGGAAGCAUCCACCAGGAGCGGAUCAGCUGGAUUAUGCAAGAAAUACGCUUGCGAGGACGGCUAGGGACAUGACGGAGAAGGCUAAGGGUUAUGGACAAUAUGUGCAGCACAAGGCUCAGGAGGCUGCUCAAGGAUCUUGAAUAAGAGUGUUUAGCUUAGGGCUUGGAUUGGGUUGAGGUCUGUUGGUUCUGUAAGGUGGUGGUGGUGUUGUGUCUUGCUUGUUUGUUUCCGUCAAAUUUGCAUGCAUGCAGUGUAGAUCAUGUGUUUUUGGGCUUAGUAAUUGUAACAGUUGCUUUAGUUUGGUUCUCUUUGUAGCUUCGAAAAUCUCGUUUCUCUGUUAAUAGGUUUUUCUUUGU